CAACAAUCGCUUCGCUCGACCGAACAUCCGAUCGCGAUCGUCAGUUGCGUUCUGUGCUUCGGGUUGCGUGGAUGUGUUCCAUCAAACGUUCCGAUCGUUAUUGGCAAGUGUUGGCGGUUGUUCGUCUGUUUGAUUGAAUUAUUGUGUGUUCUAUUGCUGCACGUGUAUGCGCAUUUCGGUGUCUGUUCUUUGUCGCUUCCGAUCCGGUCAGUCGUCGUCUGUUGAUCACGAUCAGUGUUUUCCAAUUCAUAAAACAAACAUAGAUAAUAACAGUUUCUGGAGGAAAAACAGGCGUAGGAGAGAAAAACAGCACAGUGCCAACAACAGCAAACAAAAAAAGGGUUCUACUCGGUGACGAGAAGUUCUGAUUGUGUGUUGUGCUUUGUGCUACCGACGGUCGGUCGUUCGGUUAGUUGCCUUGCCUCGGUUGGUUAUUUUGUUUCGCGUAAUGUAAAACGCAAAGUUCGUGGCGUAAAAAUAAAACAAUUAUUACUGUGUUGUGUUUAUUAGUGAUGGCAUGAAAUGCUUGCUCAUAACAGCGCACUGCACAAUGACGGGCGCACACACACACAUGCCGCGAGACGAUGGCAGUGACUGAUGCGCGGCAAGCAGAGUACGCCUGCGGAGGUGUUUUUUUUUCGCUGGGGCAUAGUAGGCCGCAUAUGACUCUCUGCGUGUGAGCGUUUUCUAUUCGUUCUAGCUCUAGAACUGCGGCAGACCGUCCAGUCAGGGCACACUCGAGAAGGUGUUGAUUGGUUCUGCGCAGAACAGUUGAGAGGUUGUGUCGUUUCCACUGUUUCGAACGGCGUCGUGGGUGGACGACGCCUGCUGCGAUACAAAGUUGCACGAGGGCGAUCGACCGCGAAUGCUAUUGUUUCCUUUUUAUCGAUGUUUAUCUCGAUCUUUGACGCGCCGUGUUUGAGAUGAUCGAUUUGUUUUGUUUGGACGGACCGAGGGUGAAGUGAAGUGAUUGACACCGACACAAAUGAGAGAGUAAAUGAGCUGGCUACUGGAAUUUUGUUUGCGCUAAAAGCCGAAUAUGCUCACAAAGAACUGAAUAAAAUAACAAUCGAAGCAAGUAUAAAAGGCGAAAGGUGAAGAGGAUCACUCGAAAAGGGAGGAAAAUUGAUCAGCAGACCGUUUGUGCGUGGUCGAAUGUGCUUUUUUUUUAUUAUGUUCCUUUUCAUCCAUUGAGAUACGGAGGAAUUGAAUCGUCCAGUUUUCGACAAAAUAAAAAAAACCUUUCGAAGUGUUUGGAAUUCUUAUUAACAAGUAACCAUCUCAGAGAUUUGCCAGGUGAUAAUGAUAAUUACUAGUUGUUGUGCCUUACUAAAUGAAAGUGAUUUUGUGCCGCAAUUAAGUGCCUGAGUAGCGUCCGACCCAUGCAUGUGUGUGUGCUAUCAUCGAUUAUCAUAAGUUUCGAAACUGGGGAGGCACCGGACUCCAACGGUCCAACGAAUUGUAAAAUCACAAUAAAAACUACUUCAGGUUCAACGGUUUGCUAGCAAACUCCGAAGCCAAAAGCACGAAAUGGAUAUCGAAUCGGACGGCUCCGAGCGGUGGGAGGAUUUUUUCGGUAGCAGUACUGAUUUAGCACCCUCGCUACUGGGCUAUUACGAUAAAUUAGCCACCGAAGCAGAAGACGAACCACCAACAUCCAACGAAAGUAACGCGCCUUCCAGCGAAAGUCCGAAAACAACAGCAACAACAACAACUGGCACUGGAACCUUCAUCAGUCGAACGCACGUAAGCCAACAGAACGAAGUUAUCCAGCAGUCCAGUACCGACAAGUCGUUCCAAGCUAGUGUACUGAAGUUUAAAGGUACCGCCGGUCUUCCGAGACCCACGAGACCGGCUCCCCACAUUCCUAAACUAGGGGAUAAAUUUCGGAACCUAUCGUCCAACGUCCAGAGGAUACUGUCGAAUACGGAAACAGCCGUAGACGUUGAUCUGCUCGGAACUACUCGAGCACGACUUCCGCCGGCUGCCUUCCACCGUAACCAGUUUCAGUCCGCAUCAUUCAGCACUAGUCGAUCGAUCUCGUCCGCAACGUCGACCAGACACGCCUUCAAAAACCUACCGCUAUCGAGAAACAUCGCCAAAAUCACGCAAGCUUCUUGCUUCGGUGAUGUCAUAGUAGAGAACCGUUGCGAGAGCGAAUUCCGACGAGAUUCCAACGGGAACUGUGAUACAACAACGUCCAUCGAAGAGGAUAUCCCAAAGCUGAGUUUCAUCCAGCAACGAAUAAAGUCACUGACGUUCGCUUUGGUAGGAGAUGUGGAUCUAAAGGAACCCGACAAAAACGAGAACAACUCGGAUCCGGAAGCAGAACUGGUUCUACGGAACACAGAAAAAUCGAUGGAAGCUGCCACCAGCGACCAAAAUGCAUUCGUUGAAAAUUGUGAAGAAUCCGAUCAUCGGCGUACGAUCGUGGAAACGCGCAAUCCAUUCGUUAAAUUAGCUGUCGCUGAACCCGAUCACGACAGUGACAACGCAACUUCGGAGGAUCGUCGCAAGCUAGCCUACGCCCGUGUGCAACUACUGAACUCACGAGCAUUGACGGGAUCACCCAAACUACCGCGAUCCAGUGAAAGCGGUUUUCACACACCUUCGUCGACCUCCACGUCGACUCCCAGUCUGGACAGGACCAGCUCAACGUCUCUGUCGUCCAGCAAAACGUCCCUGAUCCAAAGUCCGGGAACACCCGUACUCUGCACCCGACCACUGUCGGCGUCUUCCAUCUGUUCCUACUCAUCCAGCAGCAGUUCCGGAUCCGACACACUGCAUCUAGUCAACAGCAAAUGCUGCGGAGCUCCUUCCUACCAGGCGAGUGUGGAAAGUCUAGCCGAUCAAAGCGAGUCUGAGCAGAACGGAAGCACAAGUGGCCUCACCAUGUGCGAACGAGCCGUCAUGGAGAUUAUCGAUUCCGAAAGAAGUUACGUCGAGGAUUUGGGCCAAAUUAUUAAAGGCUACCUGCAAGACUGGAAAGAACGGGCUUGUCUGAAAGUUGACGAAUUGGAAGUACUUUUUAGCAACAUUCAGGAAAUCUUGGACUUCAACUGUCGACUUUUGACUCGACUGGAGGAAACGAAAGGUGACCCAGUCAAAAUCUCCGGCUGUUUUAUUGACCUCCACAAAGACUUUGACUGCUACACUACCUAUUGCACUCGCUACCCGGAGGCGAUCGCACUGUUGACCAGUCUGCUGCAGGCCACCCACACCAACGCUCUGCUCAUUCAAACGCAGAAAAUGCUAAAUCAUACUCUUCCACUGGGAUCGUAUCUUCUAAAGCCCGUGCAACGGAUUCUGAAGUACCAUCUGCUGCUCGAUAAUUUGCGGAAGCACUGCGACGAUAAACAGGUCGCUCAUGCCCACGAGCUGAUGAAGAAUGUGGCCCACAACAUCGAUCAGGUGAAGAAGAAACUGGAACAGCAGAGUCGCGUCAAGGAACUGGCCGGCAUAGUGGACGGAUGGCUGGGGCCGGAUUUGUCCGUACUGGGCGAGCUGCGUCAGGAGGGUUUACUGACCGAACAAACGAAACCCCGGGUGGUGUUGCUGUUCCAAACGAUGCUGAUCAUCACCAAACCGAAGGAGGACAAGCGGCUGCAGUUCCGGGCCUAUAUUCCGUGCAAAAACCUGAUGCUGGUGGAGCACCUGCCGGGUGAGUCAACCAGCUUCAACGUAAUUCCGUACAACGACCCGAAGGGACAGAUCAAACUGACGGCCCGAACCCGGGACCAGAAGCGUCUGUGGGCUCAGCAGAUCAAACAGGCUAUGCUGGAACAUUUCGAUAUACCGGAUCGUGCCAGGGAAUUGGUGCUGCAGCUAGGCGAAGAGGAUGACCGCAUAACGGACAAGAACGCCAGCUGGAAGUGGCCGACGCAUCAUCCCUCGACACCGGAAUAUCUGGAACGAAGGCAACAGUUUCGGCGCAGCGAGAUGCGGAUGCGAUCGAAGAAGAUGCGCAAAAAUACGACCAGCAGUAUUUCGCUCGAUGGCAUUUCUCCAAAGAACAUGAAACAACCGACGUUCCAGUCGUACUCGAAACCCCUGGAACAGAUGGUCGAAGGUCAAGUGGACGGGUGCAAGUGCGAAGCCGUCAAGAAGGAAUUGGAACAAAAACAGAUCAAGACCAGAAGUCGGUCGGAAACGAGGUUGAUGGAGGAGAAGAAAUCGGGCAAGCUGAGCGACGAGGAAGCCUUUGCCAAGGCAAUGCAGGAGCGAAAUCGGUUUGCCACGCAAGGUCGAAAGAAAUCCAGGGAAAGUUUCGUUGAUAUCAAAUCGUACAAUUCGACUACGAUCCCGAAACGGAUAGCCAAUAUGCGAAAGAUCAGAUCCAAAACGUUGACCGGAAAUUCUACGUUCUACACCGAUCUUCAGCUGGCAGAAUGUAGCGAUGACACGACGGUACUGAAGAUUACGGAAUCGACCGAUAAUUUAACUUUGGAUAGCGAAAAGGUUGAAGAAGUUGCGGGCAAAAACGACGAUGGUUGCUUGCGGAAGGAUUCGGAGAUCAUUUCUCAGUUGGUUCUGGAGAAGAACGAGUUUCGUAAGAUGAGUAGACCACCGAAAAAGAAAUCGUUCGAUUCGAUGCGAUCGUUGUCUUGCACCAGUCAGGACGAGGAUGCUGCCGAAUGCGAACAGAAAGGAAUCAAUGACAUUCCGGAGCCGCCAUGUACGGAGCCUCCGAAAGAGGAUGAAGAGGAGGAAGAAUUUCGAAAAGUGGACGAACUGAAUAAAAAUUCGGAAGAUCUGUUAAAUCAGUUAGCCGACAUUCAAAAUGAUCUUCCAUCACCGGAACCGAUCUACGAAUCACUGCUGCGGAACGUUCAUGUGCCUUACAAAUACGCUCCUCCGCUGACCAGAUCGAUAUCGCAGCAGUAUGGUAAAGCAUUGGAAACUUUAAGAACGAACGGGUCACCGAAAAAGUCCAGACCGGAAUCGGAUUACGUGACACUUGCCUACUCCGAGAAUGGAUUGAUCACCAUCGACGGGCACAGCGUCGUUCCGAAGUCGACCGUGGCCUUACUGCGAAACAGCGAUACCAACAUAAAUUAUCACCAUCCAUGGCGAAGGGAGGAACAAUCCGGACCAGUGCAGGACACACAAUCCGAGAUCGUAAACCUUACCUGUGAUGACCCGCUGAAACCGCUCGAACGGAAGGGAAGUCUCAGUAUCAAGUCACCAAAGAACCUGCUCCAAAGAUUCAUCAGUCUACACUCUUCGCCAUCGACCGGAAGUUGUGACAGUAAUUUGAAUCAUCGUAAAAUCUCCACUCCGGACGAAUCCGUACCGAUCUAUAAGCAAGGUAGUUUGGAUCUGGGUUCUCGUAUCGCCAACCUAGACUAUGCCGAUCCGAGAACGUUGUUCCCGCAGAAUGUGAAUUCGCAGAACCAACCGAACAUUUUCAUCAACCGAGCUUCGAUGAAAUCCGUUUCCAACGAUCCCGAGCAAAGGGACUCAAUCUUUUCGCUCAAUUCGUCCAGCGACAGUGUCUGCGGUGCCCGUACCGAGCUGGAUGAAGAAACAUGCGGAUUCUAUGAGAAAUCUGUCGAAGAAUGCUUGGAGAAUGAUGACUUCCGAGACUCAGCAGUGUACAGUGGAGACGAUAACGAUCGUCGGCAUGAUCUAGAGGAGCAAGCCAUCUACGAAUCGAUCGGUGAAAUUAGCCACUGUCAACUGCUUAAGCUGCCACAAUCGCAGGUGGUCCGAUCACCUUCGUCCGCUUCGAGUAGCUCCGGCGGUCAUCCACCUCCGGUUCCGAUCAAACCGGCCCAUCUGGAACAACGGAGGUCUCAAGCGAUGAAGGCAAGACCGUCGGUUCCUCCUCCACCGCUUCCAUCGACAGAGAACGCCAUGGCACAAUCACUACCACAACCACCGGCCUCGAAGGGAUGGGUUCUUCAACAGAUUCAAAGAUUUCAGUAAACAGGAGACUGAUUGAAAGUGCCUUAAAUUAGGAAAGGAAUUUUACGUAGCUGUUCGGGUUCAACCAAAAGCCAAUCGAUUGCUUGGUUGGUGUGCGUGCGUUUUACAUGUUCUAGUGAUAAAACCCCAACGUUUUAGUCGCAAUACUGGAAGUGGAGCCCUCAGUGCUUUCUUCCAUUUUAUUUUAUGUAAACCUGUUUUAUGUCAAUCGAUUGUAUUUAUUUGUACUAGAUCUAUUUAUACGAUUAAUCGAGUUUUAGUCUAAUUCACUAACCACCCAGUAGAACUGUAAGGCUCAAAGCAAAUAUCGCCGAUAAGUCGCAUUUUAACUAGAUCAAGUAGAGGGAAUAGUUGCGCCAUAUUUACAAGCAAUAGAUUUCGAAUUUGUGGUGUUUUGCAAAACUCUACUGUAUUUAAAUUUAGUUGCAAUUUUAACCACUGUUAAUUAAUAUAAUGCAAAUUUUAGUUUA